AUGGUCAAGUUCAUAUCACGCUUGUCACUCUCAUUCCCAUCAGUUGCCAGCGGAAUUUCCGGUGGCGCUAGCUUCCAGACGCCCUCGGCAAGGUACGAUGCGCAAGCGGAGCUGUGCACUCGUCUGUUUGCUUUGGGAGAGAAGGCCACGUGCAAGGAGCGGCGGCGGUCCCUCUGGGCAGUGGCCCUCAACAAGCUGCAGGAGAUGCGCUCCUGUGCGACACCUCCGAACGAGUACAGCCUCAGUUCAGCGAUUGUUGCGGGCCAGCAAGAAGGACAGUGGCGCGUUGCAGUGAACAUCCUUUCUGGCCCGCGCAAUCCUGGCCUGCACCAACAUGAGAUACUCAGCGCUGGCGUCAUGAGAGCAAGCGUCGAAGCUGGGUGCUGGGCCGUUGCCGUCGAGAUCCUUUUGCACACUUUGGCGCAGCGUCUUCACCCAACGGAGAGGACAUUCAAUGCCGCCUUGGCCCCAAGCGGCCGUCACAACUGGGCCCAGAGUGCAGGCAGUAUGCUUCAGUCAGCAUUUCCAUUUCCUAGCGUUUGGCAUACUGGCAAGUGUUGCUGUAGUGGUGCCUGUGCUUGCUCCAACGCAGAGCCGCCGCCAGCGCAGGAGAAGGCAACUUGUCAUGACAUCCUACCUUGA